GACAACGACCGUCCGGCCCUAGCCUUGCCGGGCGGGAGCGGGGAGGUUUUCUUUCUCAGCGAAGUCCGAAAGCGGCCCUCCAUCAGCGCCUCCUUCCCUUGGCCUCGUUCUCCCCGCGCCGGAGGGGCUGCGAGAUGCUUCACCUCUGACUCCCCACCCCUGUCACCGAGAGGGGCAACGAGUGCUCGCCUACUCGCCGGACGAGAAGACCCUGGACUCCCAGGCCCGCCGGCCAAACCAUGAGCUCCGGCCAGCUGCAGCCGCCGCCGCCGCGGAGGGUCCCCAACGUGGGGUCCCUGCUGCUCACUCCGCAGGAGAACGAGUCCCUAUUCACCUUCCUCGGCAAGAAAUGUGUGGCUAUGUCAUCGGCAGUGGUCCAGUUAUAUGCAGCAGAUCGGAAUUGUAUGUGGUCAAAGAAGUGCAGUGGUGUAGCUUGCCUUGUUAAGGACAAUCCACAGAGAUCUUAUUUUUUAAGAAUAUUUGACAUCAAGGAUGGGAAACUAUUGUGGGAACAAGAGCUAUAUAAUAACUUUGUAUAUAAUAGUCCUAGAGGAUAUUUUCAUACUUUUGCUGGAGAUACUUGUCAAGUUGCUCUUAAUUUUGCCAAUGAAGAAGAAGCAAAGAAAUUCCGAAAAGCAGUUACAGACCUAUUGGGCCGACGACAAAGGAAAUCCGAGAAAAAACGAGACCCCCCAAACGGUCCUAAUCUACCCAUGGCAACAGUAGACAUAAAAAAUCCGGAAAUCACAACAAAUAGGUUUUAUGGCCCACAAGUCAACAACAUCUCUCAUACCAAAGAAAAGAAGAAAGGAAAAGCUAAAAAGAAGAGAUUAACCAAGGCAGAUAUUGGAACACCAAGCAAUUUCCAGCAUAUUGGGCAUGUUGGUUGGGAUCCCAAUACUGGCUUUGAUCUGAAUAAUUUGGAUCCAGAAUUGAAGAAUCUUUUUGAUAUGUGUGGAAUCUCAGAGGCACAACUUAAAGACAGAGAAACAUCGAAAGUUAUAUAUGACUUCAUUGAAAAAACAGGAGGUGUUGAAGCUGUUAAAAAUGAAUUACGAAGGCAAGCACCCCCACCUCCACCGCCCUCGAGAGGAGGGCCCCUGCCGCCGCCUCCCCCUCCGCACAGCUCAGGCCCUCCUCCUCCUCCUGCCCGGGGAAGAGGCGCCCCGCCGCCUCCGCCCUCCAGAGCUCCCACCGCUGCACCGCCACCGCCGCCUCCCUCCAGGCCAGGUGUGGGAGUCCCUCCACCGCCACCAAAUCGGGUGUACCCGCCGACACCUCCAGCCCUACCCUCCUCAGCACCUUCAGGGCCGCCGCCACCGCCUCCACCUCUGUCGGUGGCAGGAUCAGUGGCACCGCCCCCACCGCCUCCUCCUCCGCCUCCACCCGGGCCACCUCCUCCCCCUGGCCUCCCUUCUGACAGCGACCAUCAGGGUCCGCCUCCUGCGGGAAGCAAAGCUGCUCUUUUAGAUCAAAUUAGAGAGGGUGCUCAGCUAAAAAAAGUGGAACAGAACAGUCGGCCAGUGUCCUGCUCUGGAAGGGAUGCGCUUCUAGACCAGAUACGGCAGGGCAUCCAGCUGAAAUCUGUGUCUGAUGGCCAGGAGUCUACACCGCCAACACCUGCACCCACUUCAGGAAUUGUGGGUGCACUAAUGGAAGUGAUGCAGAAAAGGAGCAAAGCCAUUCAUUCUUCAGAUGAAGAUGAGGAUGAGGAUGAUGAAGAAGAUUUUGAGGAUGAUGAUGAAUGGGAAGACUGAUCAAUAUAUAUUAUAUAUAUACAUAUAUAUAUAUUUUUAAGGUGAAAUACUAAACACUACUUUCUGUCUAUGGAUUCUGUAAAAUUAUCAUGUAAAUGUUCUACCAAUUUGCUGUAUAUUUUUGUUGCCUUUUUUGCUUUUUUUUAUUAAUCUGUGCAAUACCUCAUUUAAUCUGUAAAGGUUUGUCAUAUCCUCUACAAAGCUACUCCCUGUUAUUGUGUGCAGGUUUACACCAGAAUGCUCACUUUAUUUGUGAAUAUUUUUCAUUCCAUCAAGGGAGUUUAAAUAUUUUAUGUGAGACUGACAAAAACCUUAUGUAAUUUAGUUAUAAUGCCAGAAGGAAAACACUAUUUUCAUACCCUACUUUUUCUGUACCUAAAUUUUCUUAUUCAAAUCGAGUAUAGCACUCCAUUCUUU